CUGCUGAUGGUGCGCUGCCGCCGCCGUUUCGGUGGGCACGCGACCCGCAGCUCGGCACGCACCUGAGCUUUGUGCCGGUGUCGACGGCGCAGCCGCGCGGGUUUGGUGGACCGUGGGGAGCGAUGCUGAGCAACGCGACGUGGGUGCGCAACUCGACGAAUCCGUCCACCGUCCUGGAGCUGGCCGUGCCCGUGCACCGCGGUUACUUCAUUGCUGCCUACGAGACGAUAGUCAUUCGCUGCGACGCUGCGGCGGUGUCCGGCGGCUGCAAGGGUGUGCUGCUUGGGUCCUUCACGAUCAGGUCUGACACGCUGCCCGCCGCUGCCAGCGUCCUCUCGGCGAUCACCGGCGUCGUUGCGGGUGCGGCGGCUGUUGCCGUGGUGAUGAGCGGCGGGCUGGGCUCCAUCCUGGAGAUGCAGGCACUCGGCGUGUUUGCGAGGAUGUCAUGCGCCUCGGCGCAGGAGCGUGCGAGCACCGUUGCGCUGCCGUACUUCCUGUCGCUGUUCGCUGCCCUUGACCCGCUGUGGAUGGUGGUGGGCAACGCGCUGCUCGCCGCUGUGUUUGGGUGCGUGCACUGCGGUGUGACGGCGGCCUUUCAGCGGUGGCGCGGCGUGGACGCUGCGAGUGCGUGGGCGGCGAUGCGCUUCCCGAGCCUGACGUACGUCGUGGCGCACGCGAUGCACCUCGGCAUAUUCUUUGGCUCCGUGCUUUCACUGGCGAUGCCCGGCGCCCGCGUGCUGCACCGCGUGAUCGGUGUCGUUGGCGUGCUGUACGGUGUGGCGUUCCCCACUGGCGUGUGCUACUUGAUUGCCCGCCACACGGGCGCGAGCUUCGAGAGGUACUGGCAGUUUUCUAGGAAGCCGCUGCCCGAGCGCCUGCUGUACCCCGUCGGGUAUUGGCACCCCGCGGCGCAGCAGCGGAUGUACGGCGGCAUGCUGACGAACAUGAGGGGCAGCCACGUGUACUGGUGCGUGUUCCAGCUGUCGGUGCUGUGUGUGGUGUGCCUGAUUGCUGCUGUGCACCCGCCCCUGGGAGGCUGCCACGUUCAGUACUUCUGCAUGGCGGCUGUGCUGCUUGUGGGUGCGGGCGUGGUUGCCUUCACGAACAUGAUGCGCUCGGCCUUCCUGACGGUGAUGCGCACUGCGAGCUUUGUGCUCCUUGCGGCGCUGUGCGUGAUCAGCGCGGCCAACCACCUUGCGCCGAGCGACGGCGGUGCGAGGGCGUACGCGGCUAUCGUGCUGCUGCUGACCGCCGUGCUGCUUGCGAUCACUGUGUACGGCGUCGUUGUGUGGUACGCGGAGGACCGCCACUGGCAGGAGCUGCGCGAGCCGCGGCGUGGUGGGCUGGAGGCACUGCUGCGCGAUGACGAGGAGAGCGACGAGGAUACGCGGAAGCCCCACGACAUGACGUCAUCGUCUUACGCCUCAGGCGCCACCGUUGCGUCGUCGUACCGACCACCCGCACAGCAGGAGCUCAUGGCCGGUGACGCCCGCUCAGACGCACUGAGCCUGUUCGACCGUUCAUCCAGUGCGAGCCGUAUGAUUGAUCACGCCGCCAUGUGA